GGUGCACGGUUCAAUUCCCCGCGAGUUGUUAGAGGGGAGACUUAGCGAAGAACUGUAAUACGUCACGCAAGAGUUCCCCGUCCCGCCGCCGUCUGCUGCGGGGGAUCCAUCUGAACGAGGGGGAGGGCCCCCCCCGUCCCCCCCCCGCUCCGGGACAGACCAGUGUGUGCAGGGAGUCUCACACCAGACCUGGGGCCCCCACGGCUGUAUUGCCCAGAAUCACAAAGAGAGAGAGCGCGGAGGAUGAUGGAUAUGGAAUAUAACGGGACUCACAUCUGAGGACGUUUUUUGGGGGGUUAGACACAUUCGGAUACCCGAGAGUUCUACACACUGUAGGAAUACAACGUGGGGAGGAGAUCUUUAUAUAAGGUAGCUGGUCACCCUCGACAACGCAACAUCUGUGUGUGAGGAAGCAAGAAACCGCCUCUCGACCAGCGUCGUCGGCGCCUCGUCUCCGGGACGAGAGAGAGAGAGAGAGAACUGGCGCUGAAGAACGAGCGAGAGCGCGUCUGAGAAGGAGAACGGAGUAGAAGGGGAAAGGCGGGAAGAAAUGUCCCCUUGUACACUGGUUCUCUCCUGCUCCCUGUUCCUCCUCCAAGUGACGGCCGCCCAGCAACUGUUCGCUCACCAUGGGAGGAGGGUGUGCGGCCGAGACGUUCCUCAACGCGUCGUCAUGGCAACCGAAUCCCACAUCCAGCCCGUGCACAAGCCUUACAUCACGCUGUGUCUAGGCCAACGGGUGUGCAGCACGUACAAGACGGUGUACCGGGUGGCGUACCGCCAGGUGAGCAGAAUGGCAGCUUCCUCCCCCCAUCCCUCCACCCAUCGCUCCACCCACCGCUCCUCCUACCCAGACUGCUGUCCCGGCUGGCAACGGUUCCACUCUCACAACUGCAACCGAGCAGUGUGUGAGCAGGGCUGUGUGAACGGGGGCAGCUGCACCAGACCGGACCGCUGUGCGUGUCCUCCAGGCUGGACGGGACACCGGUGCCUUACAGACGUGGACGAGUGCUCCCAGCAGCCCCCCUGCCCCCAGGCGUGUGUGAACACAGCAGGGAGCUUUCGCUGCGCGUGCCGACACGGCUUCACGCUGGGGGGCGACGGCCACACCUGCCAAAGCCUCCCGUCUCCCCCUACCGCCGCCCCCCCCACAACUACCACCAGCGCCUCUCCCACCCGGACCGCACUCAGCGAUCACCCUCCCCCUUCUGAGGAGUCAGGUGGAAAGUUUGAGCUGGCGGAGAACACAACAGAGGAAGUGCAGAGCCUUAAGAAUAGAGUGGAGAUGCUAGAGAAGAAGUUGCAGUUGGUCCUCACCCCUUUCCAGAGCCUGUUCCCCCUGUCCCUCGACGAGGGCCCCCCAGACCGGACCACCCUGCUGACACACUCCUUCAGGCAGCUGGACCGCAUCGAGUCUCUCAGCGAGCAAAUCGGCUUCUUGGAGGAGCGCCUCGGCACCUGUUCCUGCAAUGAAAACUAGCAGGGAACGAUGGUGACAUUGAAGAACUGACACUACAACCUUCAUGACACAAAAACGCAUUAGAAAUACAUUUUACGCCCUUAUAUGUGUGGUUGUGUAAAAAGAAUGGCAAGAAAACUACCAAACACCUCAUAAGUCAUCUGUGAUGUUUACAA